UCCUCCCUCUCCCUCUCUCUCUCUCUCUCUCUCUCUCUCGAUAGAGUCCAUGGCGUCGGCUCCUCCCGGCCCUCAGCGGCCGCGCCCCCCCUUCAUCCCAAACCCAAACACUAACACUAACCCUAACCCUAACCCCUCUUCCCUCCCCGACUCCUUCCAGAACCUCCAGAUCGGGCGCCCUCCGCCGCCCUCUGCAGUCCCCCGCGGCGUCGCGCCCCCUCUCCCCUUUUCCUCUGCCGCCCCCCGUCCCGCCGCCUUCCCCGCCGGCCCCGGCCCCGCGCCUUCCGUCGCCGCCGCCCCGCCGAUGGGCCCGCCCGGGUUGAUCAGGGCCCCUUUGCCCUCCGCCGCGCCCCCGCAGUCGCAUGUGGUGCGGCCCUUCCCCGGCAGCCCCCCGGCCGGUGCGCCGUCAUCUCAGCCCUUCGCCGCGCCGCCGCCCACGGCCCCGCAGACAUUUAGCGUGCUGCCACCACAAUCCUCAGGCCCUUUCACUGGGAAUCCGGCGUUGGCGGGUCCCCCGAACUCACAGCCGUAUAUGGCUCCACCUUCGUCCCAGCCAUUUUUUGGAACUCCAUCCUCCCAGCCAUUCAGAGGGCCGCCAUCCUCGCAACCAUUUUCCAGGCUGCCGUCCUCUCAGCCUUUUAUGGGGCCACAGCCACCGUUCUCAGGGCCUCCGGCUUCUACUGCCCCUUUUGGUGCUCCAGCAUGGCAGCCACAGCCACGGCCCGGAGCUUUUCCGGGUAGUGUACCGCCGCCAGUUAGAAUGCCCGGCAUCCCGCUGAACGCUCAAAACCAAAUGAUGCCUCCACCUCCUCCAGCAAUGGGCUACUCCCCUCAUGCUGGGACUCAGAUGUCAACCCCGUUGAAAAUAGACCCUAAUCAAAUCCCACGGCCAAUGCCCACCUCGUCAGUGGUUGUUUUCGAGACCCGUCAAGGAAAUCAAGCGAAUGCUGCGAAUGUUCCGCCGCCUGCCACAAGUGAUUUUGUUGUCAAGGAUACCGGUAACUGCAGUCCCCGUCUGAUGAGAUGCACCAUGAAUCACAUACCAUGUACUGGGGAUCUUUUAUCAACAUCGAGCAUGCCCUUGGCUCUAAUGGUACAACCAUUUGCUCUUCCGCAUCCAUCUGAGGAGCCCAUCCAGCUUGUAGACUUUGGUGAAACUGGACCUAUCCGCUGUUCUCGUUGCAAAGCGUAUAUAAAUCCUUUCAUGAGAUUUAUUGAUCAAGGGAGGCGUUUCGUUUGUAAUCUCUGUGGGUUUAGCAAUGAAACUUCUCGGGAUUAUAUGUGCAAUUUGGGGCCUGAUGGUAGAAGGCGCGAUGCUGAUGACAGGCCAGAGUUAUGUAGAGGGACGGUUGAAUUUGUUGCUACUAAGGAAUUUAUGGUACGUGAACCAAUGCCUGCUGUGUAUUUUUUCCUCAUUGAUGUCUCAAUGAAUGCUAUCCAAACCGGUGCAACCGCAGCAGCUUGCACUGCAAUUAGCCAGGCUAUUUCAGAUCUUCCUGAAGGACCUCAAACGAUGGUUGGAAUUGCGACAUUUGACUCCACUAUUCAUUUCUAUAAUCUUAAGCGUGCUUCACAACAGCCUUUGAUGCUUAUUGUGCCCGAUGUGCAAGACGUUUAUACACCUCUUCAAACAGAUCUAAUUGUUCCACUUACCGAGUGUCGCCAAAAUUUGGAGCAAUUGCUGGAAAGCAUUCCAAACAUGUUUGAGAGUAAUAAAGUUGCCGAGUCUGCAUUUGGGGCGGCUAUCAAGGCUGGCUUCCUGGCGAUGAAGUCCACGGGCGGAAAACUUAUGGUAUUUCAGUCAGGUGUGUCAAUGGAAGUUCCUUUCUUUUGUGAGGCUCAUAAAUUGCUCCAGCCAGCUGACAAAACUUUCAAAACAAUGGCAAUAGAGUUUGCUGAGUGUCAGGUUUGUGUGGAUAUAUUUCUCACUACCCAGACAUUUGUUGACAUUGCUUCCAUAUCUGUUGUUCCAAGUACAACUGGAGGGCAGGUUUAUUAUUACUACCCUUUUUCUGCUCUUUCUGAUCCUGCGAAACUCUACAACGAUCUUAGAUGGAACAUCAGUAGGCCCCAAGGUUUUGAGGCUGUGAUGCGUGUUAGAUGUAGCCAGGGCCUUCAAGUUCAGGAGUAUUCGGGUAAUUUUUGCAAGCGUGUCCCCACCGAUAUUGAUCUUCCUGGGAUUGACUCUGACAAAACCAUAAUGGUCACUUUCAAGCAUGACGACAAAUUUCAGGAGGGUUCUGAAUGUGCAUUUCAGUGCGCGCUUCUCUACACCACAGUAUAUGGGCAAAGAAGAAUACGAGUGAUAAAUCUUUCACUUCCAUGCACAAACAUGCUUAGUAAUCUUUUCCGAUCUGCUGAUUUGGAUACUCAAUUCACCUCUUUCCUUAAACAAGCUGCAAAUAGCAUUCCCAUCACUCCUCUUUCUCAAGUGCGGGAGCAAAUAACAAACCUUUGUAUCAAUAUAUUACAUUCCUACCGUAAAUUUUGUGCAUCUGUAUCAUCAUCAGGGCAGCUAAUUCUUCCCGAAGCUCUGAAACUUCUGCCUCUUUAUACCCUAGCUUUGAUCAAAAGUAUAGGCUUGAGAAAUGAUGGACGGUUGGAUGAUCGGUCCUACUGGGUCAGUCAUGUGGCUUCACUUUCUAUAUUAUUGGCUGUUCCGUUGGUAUAUCCUAGGAUGAUCUCUCUCCAUGAUUUCACUUCAAAGGAAGAUGAUGAUAUUUCCCUUCUAUCUGCUACUCUUCCUCUCUCGAGCGAGCAUCUGAAUGAUGACGGAAUCUAUCUCUUAGAGAAUGGUGAGGAUGGUUUAAUUUAUGUAGGCAACAUGGUGAGCCCAGAUACUCUCCAACAUUUGUUUGGGGUUUCUUCUCUUGACGGAGUUCCAAACCAGCUGGUAUUGCAGCAAUUUGAUAAUGAUCUUUCACAAAAAGUAAAUGAGGUGGUUAAUGAGAUAAGACGACAACGAUGUUCAUAUCUGCGUUUGCGACUUUGCAGAAAGGGUGAUCCAUCAGGAAUGUUCUUCCUUUCAUACAUGGUUGAAGACAAGACCCCCGGAGGCCUUUCCUAUGUUGAGUUCCUUGUGCACGUCCAUCGGCAAAUCCAAACAAAAAUUGCAUGAGGCGAUCGCAUACUUUGUUUCCAUGCUAUUUUUUGAUAUGAGGCUAUGAGCUCCUUUAUUUAUUUAAGUACAGCCCAAAUUUGGAGAUGGCCGGAUGAGAAGCAGGUUAAUCAGAGUACAGUCGAUGAAUUUAUAGUAGAACUUUUUAUGCUUUCAAUUUUACAACUGUAGGUCUUGGUACAGCAGGAAAAUGCAUGCUCUGCUAUAGGGACAAAAGUUUGAGGUGCUGAGCGCGACGCAUUUCUUUGGAUCUUGGAUGGAUCUUAAUUUUGUUUCUUCUUUCACAAACGGAGAGGUUGUAUGAUGUUGAAAGUAAUCUUGGAGGUUCUGAUUAUUAAUAAAUGUUUUGUGAUCCAUCAGUGUGUAUAGGGGGAUUCGGGAACUGUUGUGUAUUUCGUUGGUGCAAGUUUUGUUGUCCAUUCCUGUUGCUCCUUGACCACCAUCAGUGCCAUUAUCAUCAUGUUUCUUUGUCAUCAA